AUGAGAGACGGGCGCCGGCGGAUUCGUGUGGAUCGAGAAGCUCUGAUGCGCGACCGCGAUUGUCUGCGCGAUAGUUUCGACGGGUAUCCAUGUGAGCUUAUUUGCUGUCCCGAAGGAUAUGAGUUGGGUGGAUGCCGCGGCAUCGACGUGUUUGUAGGGAAUCGUCCGAGUUCAGCGGUCGGACCGCCUGUGGCGUGUGGGACCGGGGAGGGCCUUGGAGGUUAUUGUGGGGAGUUGAGUGGUGGGAGGUGUCUGUCGAGGUGGUUGGGUGGGGAGGGCAGUUCUCCGCUUGAGGGCGACGGGGACGCGGGAACUGUUCGGGGAGGGAGCUUUGGUCAGGGGGAGGGAGGCGUGAGAGCACUGCGGCCCUUGGGUGAGAGGUCCGUGGUGGGGGGUUGGAGCGGGCGAGCGCGACGCCGGGCCGCCGUGGGCGAGGAGAGGCGUGUGCGGUGGAGAGUUGUUUGGGGGGGGCUCGAGGAGCGGUCCGGUCCUGGGACCGGGAAGGGAUCGGAGCUAAGGGAAGCCCUGGAGAUGAAACGUGGGGGAAGGUUGAGGGAGAAUGGAGAGAGUGCGGAGAGGAUUGGGUUGAGGGAGUGA